CGGGAAAGACCCUUCACAUUUUUGGAAGAUGGCGACUGCUGAACCGGAAACUUCAACAAACCCAGUGAGUUCAGAAGAAGAAAAAAAUGAUGAAAAUAGGCAAGAGAUUGUAAAUCUUGAAGAUUAUAUUAAACAUCCUCUGCAGAACAGAUGGGCUCUUUGGUUCUUUAAAAAUGACAAAAGCAAAACAUGGCAAGCUAAUCUCCGUCUCAUCUCAAAGUUUGACACAGUGGAAGACUUCUGGGCGCUUUACAAUCACAUUCAAUUAUCAAGUAACUUAAUGUCAGGAUGUGACUACUCCCUCUUUAAGGACGGCAUUGAGCCCAUGUGGGAGGAUGAGAGAAAUAAGCAGGGUGGCCGCUGGCUAAUCACCCUUUCCAAACAGCAACGCAGAGCCGACCUGGACCGCUUCUGGUUGGAGACACUUUUGUGCCUUGUUGGAGAAGCAUUCGAUGACCAUAGCGAUGAUGUGUGUGGUGCUGUCGUCAAUGUUCGAACAAAGGGAGACAAAAUAGCAAUAUGGACGACAGACUAUGAGAACAAAGAUGCUAUUGUACACAUCGGGCGUGUGUACAAGGAAAGAUUAGGUGUGCCAUCAAAGGUCAUAAUUGGAUACCAGUCACAUGCGGACACAGCCACUAAAAGUGGUUCCACCACAAAGAAUAAGUUUGUUGUUUAAGGAGCCUUCUUAAGCACAAUACUGCAACGUCUUAAUCUUUGAAACUGUCCUGUGAUCCAAACUUUUCACAUGACACCACGAGGGAAAAAAUAAGGAAAUAAAAAGCCUUCCCAUGUGAUGGAGUAAAGCACAAUCAGAGGAUUUUUGUAUUUACGAAACUGUACAGUGUAUAAAUACAGAGUCAUGUUCUUUUUUUUUUUUUAAUGUCAUUGUACUAUUAAGGGAUCUUUUGCCCGUAGGGAUGGGGGAAAGAGGAAUUUUUCCAAUUCAUUGUAUGAUUGUUUUUGUUUUGUAUUUUGUUUGCCUUUUUAUUUUCAGUUAUAGUUAUGAAAUCUUAAGUGUAAUUUAUUUAUUUUUUAUGCAAUCUAUUCUCUUCUGCUUUGGAUCUAGUUUUUGAGCGAUUUGGACUUUGCCGUAAAUUGAUCAUGAAAUUUGUAGUUACACAAUUGAACAAUUCUUGUAUUGUUGUUUGAGAAUGUUAAGUUGAUUCUUUACUGUUCAAGGACUGUUAUAUAAAUGUGUAUUUUUGCAGUCUUGUUCUGCAUUGCUUGUGUGAAGUGUUCAAGGCAGUAUUGAGAGAAUUGAUCUCCGGUCCUCACCUCUCAUAAUAAGGGGUUUUAUUGAGUAGUCUGACUUUUGUUAAAAAAAAAAAAAAAAAAAAAGAAACCCCACUCUGGACCAUGGGUGCUUAUCAAAAUGUAUGUAUAACUGACUGUAAAUAAAUUGUACAGUGCAUUGUCUAUACCCACUGAAAA